AUGAUUAGUCCCGAUAAUAUACUAGCUGAAACACAAGACUUUUCAGAACCUGCAGAUAUUAGCCUGGCUAUGCUGUGUCAUAGAAUCAGUCGUCUACAAACUGAAGCUGAGGCGGUUGCUAAAGCGAUUUCAGCUAAUGGUGGUUCUAUAAGAAAUAAACAAUCAAUAAGUAUACCCGUAUCCAAUCAGCAAUACACUGGGAAUAAUAGCGUUGCAUACGAAGAACAAUCAACCAUUACUGAUCUUAAUACUUUAGUGAGCAGUAGUGACAACAACAACAACAAUGGUAAUCGAAAUAACGAAAUAUGCAGAAACGACAGUCAACAGUUAUCACAGAAAUCUCAGGAACAAACUGGGCAUGCUCUCAGGUCAACUAAUAAAGAGGGACAAUUCCAUCAAUCAAGUAAUAGUCAAGAAAAUGUCUGA